CGCCUGUGCGCUCUGCUCCGCCCGCACAGCUCUCCUAGCCGGCUCUGCCCCGCGCCCGUCCGGCUCCCGAUGGGCAGAGUUGCCGAGACGCCGGUGAAGCCCCAGGAGUGCGCCGGGCCGGAGUCGCGCGGGAAGUAGGAUCCCGACCUCGCCGAGCGCUGUGUCGCCCGCCCACCCAGCAGAAGCGUCGGGGCGCUGGCACCAUGGCCUUCUCUCAGGUGCAGUGUCUGGACGACAACCACGUCAACUGGCGCUCCAGCGAGUCCAAGCCCGAGUUCUUCUACAGCGAGGAGCAGCGGCUGGCCCUGGAGGCCCUGGUGGCCCAGGGGCGGGAGGCCUUCUACGAGGUGCUGAAGCGGGAGAACAUCCGCGACUUCCUCUCCGAGCUGGAGCUCAAGCGCAUCCUGGAGACCAUCGAGGUGUACGACCCGGGCUCGGAGGACCCGAGGGGUACCGAGUGGCCCCGGGCGCCCCAGGACAACGGGGUCGGUGACAGCGAGGAGGCCAGCAGGGCCGGUGGGACCCCCACCGAGGCGGAGCCGCUGCCCUCUCUAGAGUACUGGCCCCAGAAGUCGGACCGAUCCAUCCCGCAGCUGGACCUGGGCUGGCCGGACACCAUUGCCUACCGCGGUGUGACCCGGGCCAGCGUCUACAUGCAGCCCCCCAUCGACGGGCAGGCCCACAUCAAAGAGGUGGUGCGCAAGAUGAUCAGCCAGGCCCAGAAGGUGAUCGCCGUGGUCAUGGACAUGUUCACCGACGUGGACAUCUUCAAGGACCUGCUGGAGGCCGGCUUCAAGAGGAAGGUGGCCGUGUACAUCAUCGUGGACGAGAGUAACGUCAAGUACUUCCUGCACAUGUGUGAGCGGGCCCGCAUGCACCUGGGGCACCUCAAGCAUCUUAGGGUGCGGAGCAGCGGGGGAACGGAGUUCUUCACACGGUCCGCCACCAAGUUCAAGGGUGCCCUGGCCCAGAAGUUCAUGUUCGUGGAUGGAGACCGGGCCAUCUGCGGCUCCUACAGCUUCACGUGGUCGGCCGCACGGACGGACCGCAACGUGAUCUCCGUGCUGUCUGGCCAGGUGGUGGAGAUGUUUGACCGGCAAUUCCAGGAGCUCUAUCUCAUGUCCCACGGCGUCAGCCUCAAGGGCAUCCCCAUGGAGAAGGAGCCGGAGCUGGAGCCCAUGGUGCUGCCCCCUGUGGUACCACUGGUGCCCUCGGGCACCAUAGCCAAGAAGCUCGUCAACCCCAAGUACGCGCUGGUCAAGGCCAAGAGCGCCGACGAGAUCGCCAAGACCUCGUCUGAGAAGCAGGAGGUGAAAAAGCCCCCCGGGCUGCGGGGCGCGGCGCUGGCCGAGCGGCCUGGGGACCUGGUGGAGGCGCCCCCUCCGGUCCACCCUGGGCUGCUCCACCUGGAGCGGGCCAACAUGUUCGAAUACCUGCCCACGUGGGUGGAGCCGGACCCGGAGCCCGGCAGUGACAUCCUGGGCUACAUCAAUAUCAUCGACCCGAACAUCUGGAACCCCCAGCCCAGCCAGAUGAACCGCAUCAAGAUCCGAGACACGUCCCAGGCCGGCACCCAGCUAUGGAGGCAGAGCCAGGACUGCGGCCGGGGCGCCUCUGGGCCCAGCGCCCCCCAGGACGGGGUCCCGGCCGAGGACGCUAAGAACGGCCUUCCCCAGGGGGACCCUGAGGCACAGCCCCCCGUGCCCAAGCCCCGGACUGUCCCUGUGGCACAGCUGCUUGCCCAGGACGGUGGCCUGGCCUGGGCCCUGGAGGCGCCGGAGGAGGAGACGGCCCAGAAUGGCACAGACUGUGCUCCGCCUGGGACACCGUGCCCAGGCCAUGCCCCGCUCCAGCGGCAGGUGUCUGUGACCCAGGAUGACCCUGACGGCCACGGAGUGGUGAUCCCUAAUGGGCUAGAUGGGGAGGAGGAGGAAGACGAUGAUGACUACGUGACCCUCAGUGACCAGGACAGCCUUUCAGGCAGCUCUGGCCUUGGCCCUGGACCUCGGCGGCCCUCGGCAGCCUCGUCUUCUGUGUCAGACGAGUACUUUGAGGUGAGGGGGCGCUUGGCCCCUCUGCAGAGGCGCCACUCAGAGCAGGUAGCCAACGGGCCGGCACCGUCCCCCCGACGACAGCUGAGUGCCCCCCACAUGACCCGCGGGACCUUUGGUGGACCCCUGAGUGGCUCGCCAUGGGCCUCAGGUCGGGAGAGAGAAGAGGUGGGUACCCCAAGGAGGAUGCAAGCUCCGCACGCCACGGACAAGGAGACACAGGGCCAACAGAUCUCCCAUUAUAGAGUCCCUGUGUCAGGGACCAGGGAUAAAGACGGCUUCCUGCGGCCCGUGAGGACCUCGGGGCCCCUGCGGUACCGCCCUGCUGCUGAUGGCACCCAGAGCUCUACCAGGAAAGCGAGCCCAGCCGCAGCAAGCCCGCACUCCUGGCAGGCCAAGGGGGGCCCCGUGCCCCGCACGCUGGCAGAUCCGGGGACCCCACGGCCGGCCCGCAAUGCCAGCCCCCAGGCCGGUGGCAGGGUCUCUGAGGAGCUGCCAAGCCCUUUUGGCAUCCCCUACUCCAAACUGUCCCAGUCAAAGCACCUGAAGGCCAGGACGGGCAGCGGCCAGUGGGCCUCGUCUGAUUCUAAACGGAGGGCCCAGGGCCCCCGGGACCGCAAGGACCCCUAGCGCCCUGUGCCUGGGCCUGGGGCUCUGCGGUCCGUGGCCUGUGCCCCAGCCCACACUCCCCAAGCGGGUGUUCCUGGGGCCACGCAGACUGUCCGGAGCCCACCCAGAAGGCAGGAAGGUGGGGCGGACGGCGACAUGGACACUCACCUGGUCAGUGCACCAGUACCAGGUGGCCAUGAUGGUCAGACCCAAGGUCAUCCCGGGCCACGGGAGGUCCCCCGAGUAGGGGUCCCGGAACAUGUGCAUGGCGUCUUCGCGCGGCAGGUGGCAUGUCGUGUUGGCGAUGGUCCUGGAAGGGACGGCCCGGGCGUAGGCUGCCGCCAGCUGCUCGUACCCGCCGAUCUGGUCAAAAGCUGGAGGGGGCGGGGCAGGGAUGGGUGGGUGGCUGGUGGCCCUGACUCUGGGCCCCCACUUCCCAGUGCAUCGACCUUGACUUUUUCCCAUUCACCUUUCCCAGUGUCUGGAAAGGUUAUGCAGGGUAGAGGGUUUUACAAGACAGGGGAACUCAGACUAUUUUAUUUGUAUUUAAAAAUAAUACUAUUAAAUGAGCAUUUUGCACGCGGACACCACAGUGUCCUCUUGACCCCAGAUGCCUAGUGGCCUCGGGCCGGUGUUCUCUGUCCAGCUUCGGACUGUCGAAUCAAAGAGGCAAAAGUUUUGUUUUGUUCUUUUUUUUGGCAUUGGAGAACCUUCCCGGGGAGUCUAAAGUGUUAAAGUCCUGACCCAGGGCUUCUAAAGGAUGUGAUCUGGGCAGAGCUGAGGACGGCUGGCAUGUAGCACUGAGAACAGAAGUCCCAGAAGGGACAAGGGCGUGACCAAGGCCACAUGGCCCACCGGCUGGGGCUUGAGCCGGAAGUCUUUCCUCUCGAGACCAGCCCGCAUUCACCCCCUCGCUGUUCCUGUCUACCUCAGGGUCAGGGCCCUGUGUGGCCAAGCCCUGGCCCACCUGUGCCUUUUACUGUGUCUGUAAUCACUCCCUCCCGUCCAGGCUGGGCCUGGCUGCCUGGAGCCCAGGCCAGGCCGGGGUAAGUACUCAGGGCAAACGUACAAACACUAUACAAAG